AUGUCAACUUAUUCAAUACCGCAUCUAAAUCAAAUGAAUGGAAAUUAUAAUAAUUCAAUACCACCACCCCCACCUUCAAGUGGUUCUUCAAAUUCAAAUUUAUCAAAUCAACAACAACAGCAACCAUAUGCAUCUUAUUACAUGUUUAAUCAGCAACAACCACAACCACAACAACAACCACAACAACAACCACAGGCUCAACAGCAUCAACCACAACCUCAAGGUGAUUAUACAACAGCUUCUGCUUAUCAAAAUAGAUACCAAUAUCCAGCUGCAAGCUAUUAUCAACAACAACCAAUUCCAAAUCAAAUUCCUCAAUCUCAACAUCCUCAGCAACAACAACAGCAGCAGCCUCCAAUUGCUCCACAAUCUCAACCACAGCAUUAUACUGCAACUAAUCGUAAUUUCGCAAAUGUUUCUGCUCCACAAAUACCAUCUACUACAACUCCACAACAACAACAGCAACAACAACAACAGCAACAACAACAACAACAACAUGCGUCUUCGAACAAUCAACAUCAAUCAAUUCAAAAUAAUCAACAACCUGAACCUGUUCAAGAUACUUUAAAUCUAUCAAGUACAUCUACUGUUGGACAAUUUCAACCUCCUGGACUUAGACCAAGAGUUACAACAACAAUGUGGGAAGAUGAAAAAACUUUAUGUUAUCAAGUUGAUGCUAAUAAUGUUUCUGUUGUUAGAAGAGCUGAUAAUAAUAUGAUUAAUGGUACUAAAUUAUUAAAUGUUGCUCAAAUGACAAGAGGUAGAAGAGAUGGAAUAUUAAAAUCUGAAAAAGUUAGACAUGUUGUUAAAAUUGGUUCAAUGCAUUUAAAAGGUGUUUGGAUACCUUUUGAAAGGGCUCUAGCAAUGGCACAACGUGAAGGUAUUGUUGAUCUAUUAUAUCCUUUAUUUGUGAGGGAUAUUAAACGUGUUAUUCAAACUGGAGUCACACCAAAUGCCAAUAAUAAUAACACUAAUAGUAAUAAUAAUACUACUGCUACUUCAAAUAAUAAUAAUAAUGGACAAUCUUCAUCAAACACAAGUUCAACAAGUCCUAUAAAAUCUAAUACAUCAACUACUGUACCAUCGACUACUACCACAUCAUCUUAUUAUCAAAAUUAUAAUCAACAAUAUCCACAACAAUAUAGUCAAUAUGGAGCUCCAGCACAAUCUGCGGCUUCAGAUCAACCGCAAUCAGUACCAUCAAAUCUGAAUGAUAGUCAGUCAGCUCAAUUUCAACAUCCACAUCCUCAACAACAAGUCUAUGGUUAUCAACCUAGUUAUUAUCCAAAUGCAAAUAAUAAUCAAUAUUAUCCUUAUCAAGGUUAUAAUAAUAGUUAUCAACAACAACAGCAACCAGGUGCUGCUGCCUCAAAUACUUAUGGAGUUUAUUCUUACCAACAACAACAACAUCAACCUCAACCACAGGCUGUACCUGCAUCAAUCGCUUCUAAUAAUCAAUCUCCACAAGCUUCAACAUCUCAACCUCAACAGCAAGAUCAAACUUCACCACAACAGUCGCAACCAGCUUUGCAAUUAAAGGAAGAGAAAUAA